CAACAAAACCAGUUCAGUUUCGAACAUCUUGCGAGUUGAACGCAUUCUUUCUGCUUUCUAAAGUAUUUGCUUUAAGUGCAUACAAAUAUUGAAAAAACAUUUGAAUGGUGAUUAUAAAAAGUAACGAACAAUCCAACCAAAUUCUGCCAAAUUUACCAAACAGGCGAAAUUGCUUAAAAGAUCUAUUGAAAAGUGACUUUACAGUACAUAACGACUUUAAUAUUGCUGAUAAAGGCAUAAUUUGUGAUCUACUAGUAAAAAAUUGUGAAGACUGCAAAAAAAUGGCCGCUUUGCCGCAAGGAGCAUUUGCUGCAUGCAAAUUGCGAGAAUUACGUGAUCGAGAUCUAUUGGUUGCACGCAUGAAGAGCGGUAGUGAUAAAGGUGAACCCAAAAAUAUGAACACCAAUAAGAAAUUGACUGAAUAUACACCGGCAAAAUAUAAUGACAAGUUGAUGAAUUCCAUUUGGGGUUUCUACAAUCGUUACUCUCCUCAUAAUAUAAAAGGCAACGAAUACGAAUCUUCGAAGAAAGAUUAUAUGAUGCAACAGCACAUUGCUGUUGCAUCCUAUGCCAUUGCUGAAGAUUUAGCAAUGGCUCUUCGUUCCGGCAAGGAAUGGGACUUACGUGAGAAAUAAAGAAAUUGUAGAAAUAUAAAUUUUUAUAAUUACUCGAAUGAGUGAAAAGCUUUUAUGAAUACCAAUGUACAUACAUACAAAUGGAUUUAUGAGGAAGAAAUAAAAGAAUCAAAUUUUUAAAUAAAAAAGAAAA